AAGUACCGCAAUUAAUUGUCAAUCGUUAAAAAGAUGAUUUUAUUUUAUCCUUUACAAAAAUGUUGUUGUGUGUUUUUCUAAUUUGGACCGUCGCGUUUUGGACUUUGUUUUUUUACAUUACCUUGUUUACGAAAUGUGUGAAAACGACUACUUAACUUUCAAGCUAACUUGCAACCAGAGAAAACCAACCAGCCGGUUCGAUGAACUAAAGUCAAAAUUGAAAAGGAAGACUCUUCCUUUCUUUACCCCUAAAGAAGUCGUCGUGCACAACAGCGAGAAUGAUUGCUGGGUUAGUUUUCUGGGGAUUGUGAGGGAUUUGACACCUCUCGUUCGAGAAUAUCAGGGAACUAGAGAAGUGAUGCCUGUGUUAGCGUUCGCUGGCAAAGACAUUUCCCACUGGUUCGACCCCAGAACAGGAGAAAUUAAGCAUCACAUUCAUCCAGUGACCGGAGUGCGAGUGCCUUACACGCCUCACGGGCCUGUCCCUCAUGUACUUCCCCAGGUACCUUCCUCGGAAUGGAGACCCCUGGACACUCUCCCAUGGUGGUUCGACGUGGACCUGGUCGUGGGGUAUGUAACCCGCGCCGCUCGACCUAUCAGGAUCAACAACACACUCACCGGGGAGGAGGUGACCUUGGAAGUUUGUUCGGAAGACACCCUGGACAGGAUAUUGCAGCGAUACUCUAUGUUCAACUCGUCAGCCACAGGGUACACGUGGAAGUACGAGACGAGAACUCUCAACUCUACAUGGACCUUGGAUGAGAACGGUAUACCAGACAUGAGGCUCAAGUUGAGAGAAUUGAGACUUCCUGAAGACCUGUACGUGCCUUGUUUGAUGCUAUACUUUAACGAUGAUCAUCGCGAUUAAAAUCAUUAAUUCGGACUUAUUUGAAAUGGAUGGUUAAAAAUCUACUUACGUAUUCUUUAAUUUAUUUAAUACUAUUAAAUUCUGAUUGUUAAAGUAUACUGCACUGUUUGUAUGUUUGGGAUGAUAAGAUAAUAAAUAUCGAUGGUGUAAA